UAUUUCCAUUGAGUUAUGUCAAUAUAUUCGUUUUUCUUCAACCAUGAUUACAAUAAUAGAUGCUGCAUUGCUCUUUAUUGCUUUGCCAGAGCCCUAAAUCCUUACUCUUGCACUCUUUUUAGUUUUUACUGCAAACGGUUCCUCACCUCAAUUCACAGUUGCUGUAAUAGAAUUGAAUGACUAAAAUUCAUGAACAAGAAUAUAUGUAUAAAGGAUCCUAAGGUCACAGUUACACCAUCCCCAAUGGUACCAUUCAUUCAGACCCAAAGAUCAGCCUUUUGUCGAUCAUCAGAUAUCAACAACCAACAAUAGUUUUAAGUUAAACUACAUUGAGAUCCGAGCCACUCAUUUUUCAAUGAAUUAAACCAAGUACUAUAAUAAAUAAAAGUCCUACCAAAGAAAGUAGUACCACUUCCUUCCCUCGGGCUCAGGGCCUCAGCCUUCACUCACCACACCGACACAGGCACAGCUCUGAUCUCUCUCCUUCUUUGGACAUCAAUGGCAGACUAUGAGCCAACACAUCAUCAAACUGAGCACCACCACCACCAAACAAUCCCAAAAGAAACUGCUCUUCAAGCAUUAAACACUAUAAUCCAACUUCACUUUGAGAAAACCCUGGAGAAGAAAAGAGCUAUAGACCUCCAAAAGAAGGAGCUCCACAAGCUUUUCCAGCUCUUCUUCAUCUUCCUAGGCCUUGUGUUCCUGGCUCAGGGUCAGUCUACUCGUCUCCAGUGCCGCCACUGCUGGGUUCCCAUUACUCUGCUUUCCCUAUCCCAUCUCAUUUUCUAUGUUUCAGUGGCUCAGAUCUUGAGGUGCAUCAAUGGGUUCAAGUACCAGAGGAGGUGCCACAAACUGACACUAGGGUUGGCUACUGAGAAGCUGAGAGAAAUGAAGUUGAGGAUUAACAAUGGUGAGUUUCUUGAUGGGUUUGGAGAAGAGGAUGAGUUUGAGAUUCAUUACCAGGAGCCUCCUGAGAGUUACUUUGCAAAGUUCAAGAGGAACUGGGCAUUGCAUUUUGGGUUCUUGAUCUUGAUCUAUGCCUUCAUGGUUUCUUCUUCUGUUGUGCUGCUUUGUCUUUAGGCAGGAUUGUUAUUGAUAAGAACAAUUGAUUGCUUUUUGUGUAUAUCUUAAUUUGAUUCUUGAUUGGGCUCCAUAUUAAAUUAAAAAAAAUUGAAAA